AUGUCGUCCGGUAGUAAGUGCAUUUUAGUCGGUAAGGGGCCGCCGACCAGUGUCAAGCAGCUUGCUGCCCUCAAGACGGCAACGAUCUACGGUGAUACGAGCAGCACAACCAGUGUCGCGAAGCCAAUCGUGAAGAUUGGCAAGGCGGGCAAGAGCGGGCCGCCUCUGAUCACUGUGGGAUUGGGAGCGCCGAAAGCCGUUGUUGCGCAUGCCAAGCCUAAAACACCAGCACCACCUGUUAGAAUCACUGUGGGAAAGUGCCCUCCUGCGCUAUCGAAAGCAUUAUCCACACGCUUGAUAACGCGAGAUGAGAAAAGCACGGAUCAGAACGUGGGCGCCGGAGCCGCGCCACCAGUACCUCGGAAGGAUGCUAAAGUUGAGCUUGGCGCUCCCGGCAGUGUCAGCAGCCAGGGCUCCCAAUUGCCAAAGUGCAGGCCCCAAAUGAAGAAUCGGUUCGAUAAUAUCGUCAGCGAGAUCAUGCUCGACUUGGCAUCGAGUGACUCCUUUACUGCAUACCUCGAUAACACGGAAACGGAACGGAAGACUGGCGAUUCAUCUGCGAAUGCAAAUUUGAGUACCGGUUCACUAGCUUCCGGUGCUGUGAAAUCAGCGGUAUCCCACGUGAUCGUGGAGAGUGCUACUAAGCAGCAACAAGUGGUCGCGCCAACUGCGCCCUCAGAGCAGCAUAGUAAGAGCGGCCACACAGGUGCGGAAAUCAGGGAACGUACGGCCACAAAUGCAGCGACGGCGGAAAUUGAGCUGCUUCGCGCAGCAUCUAAGAGCAUGUUCGACCGGAGCAAUCUGAUGCCUCCCCCGAAGGCAAAGCAGGUGAUGACGGCAAAGAAGCCGGCAGGCAUUACAACUAAAAUCGCGUUCAAAGGAACGUCCGGAACUGCCGCUGCAGACUCUACUGAAAUAGAUACACACCCAGCAGUCAAGUCGCCGCUGAAGGCGCCUAUACAGUCGCGUAAAGACGUGCCAGAAGCUGGAAGGGAAGCAAAGGCAACCCCUGGUGCAGACAAAACAAAGAAGCUGGAGUGGACACCGGAAAACAAGAUUAACAUCCUGACUAGGGCGGCCAACAGAGUUCGGAUGAUAUCCCGAGUUAUGCAAAAACAGGACGACCAAUUCGACCUCCCAACUGAGGCGUACGGCUACGCCAUGAAUCGGUCCAUUUCCAACGCCAGCGACCAGUCGCUUUUCCGUUCGCCCGGACACAGUGGCAGCAUUAGCAGCGCGAAAGACGAAAGUGCAAACCGAAAAGGCGACGCUGGAUCGGCGGGCUACAGGUACCACGGUAUAAGCCGCAGAGCAGGCCUCAAACUCGGGGCCAUUGCCAACAGAUACAAUCGUACCAGCGAGGCUCUCAAACAGCUGGAGGUCAAGGACAUCGGCACUGUCCGCGAGGCGCACUUCCUGCAGCCAACCAAAACCGUGUCUGCUCUCUGGUCUAGACAUGGCAACGUGGCUGUCGCCAGGAGAGACGACGCAGAACACAAAGAGGAGAACUUCCCCGUGCUGUGUGCAGUUUUUGCCAAGCGUAAGGCUGGAGCAACCUAG